GUGGGGCGGCGCCGGUGCCUGGCGCUCCCGAGCGGACUGCUUAGAAGGAUGAGUGGAAAUUCUAAUAGCUGGAUAAAAGUUAUGGCAAGCUCCAUGAAAAAAUUAAGUGUCAACUCUCCUGACUCAACAAUAUCUUCCCUGCUAGCAGGCUACAGCAUUGACAACAAUAAUCCGUACUCAAAUAGCGUGAUUCACUAUAAGGACAAGCUUUACAGCUCUGCCUCUGAGGCUCUGGAGGCAUAUAUUGAAGAUUUUGAUCUAAGUCUUGUAUCUUCAGAAAUAAGCACUGGAAAAAUCUGCAUAAGUCAAAGCACUCCCAAACGUAGUGGGUUUUCAAAACCUCGUACCAAAGAAAGAUAUGUGUUGGAGGACUUCAAUCAGCAUGCAGGGUUAGGUUCUGCUGCUUCAUCCUGCAGAAGGAGGACUGAGUGUGACCCAGACUUGAUCAGUCUCACGACAGAUGACCUAUUAGCAUUUCCAGCAGAUGGAUCUCUGCCCGUUGUCCAGUGCAGUCUUUUUAAAUCGAAGCAUCAAAGUAGUGAAUGGAAUAGGCAGUCACUUAAAAAGUCUGCUUUCUACCCGUACCAAAUCUCAUCACUUAGUUCUGAAAAGGAUUUCUGUCUCCAAGAGAAUGACAAACCUGUUGCUAAUCAGAAGCUAUACAAAAACGUCAGCAAAAAGAAGCACAGCAUACGUGCAUCUCAUAAGUACAAUUCUGUCUCUUCUAAAGAAAACCCAAGAGCCUUGUCUUUUGAAGAGAACUCUAGUGCUUUUCCUGUUAAGAAUUACCCAAGAUGGCUUACUAGUGGGAAAUCUAACUUAAGUGUAUCAGGGAUAAGUAGUAUUCCAAAUUUUCAAUACCCAGUCUGGCUUAGCAGUCAUAACCUUUUUUCUGAUUCAGCUAGUGAAAGUAAUGGUCAAACUUUUAAUACACAACACGAAGCUUCCUCUUCACAAACUUCUGCAAUCUUGAAAAAGAGACACUCCAUGGAUAAAGAUCAUUCUCAUUUUUUUGAACAUAAUAGUUGCCUGGAUCUAAUAGGUGAUAACGAAGUAGCAGAAAGUUAUGACUAUCACAGUCCAGACUCAUACUUCCAAUUUCAUAACUCCUUUUCAAGACACAUGAAACAGCCAUUCAGAGAAGAUCUUGAGCUACUUACCUUGAAGACUGAGAAAUCUCUGGAGAGUUCAACUGAAGAUUUGUCAGAUGCUCUGAAAAAUGAUGACAGUCCUUCUACAACGGAUAUACUAGAAGCAGAAAGAUCGUGGGAAAAUAUUCCAGUUGCUUUCAAAUCACCAGUGCCUGUGUGCUGUGAGGACAAGGAGAAAACGGGAUUCCCUGAAGCAAAUAUUGUUCAUGAAUUCCUAGAAGACUGUAUAAAUGACAAAAGUAAGGAAAAUACCUUUUCUGGAGGUAAUCAUCAUGGACCAACUGAAACUUUAAAGCUAAUGUUGUUUAACCUUCAAGCAGUUCAUGAAAGUUUAAACAAGAAUAAAAUUGCUGAGGAAAAGGAAGAGUUUGAAAAACUUUCUGAAAAAUCAGAUGGUGAAUUAGAACUGUGUGACAGUGAGAUGAUCCCUGUUACUAAUUCUCUUCAGAAGGCUUUACAUCAUUUGUCUCGUCUUAAAAGUCUUGUAGAAGAUACUAGUAACAAGCAGGAGCAAACUAAUGAUCACCAAGAAGAUAAAGAAGAGUUAAAAAUGAGUAAUCUGUGAAGCUGAUACCUAGGAAUCCUUUAAUAUUGUGCAAUUUAAAUAAUGUGAUGGCCUAUCCUUUGGUGAGAAUCUUUUUUUGGAAGCUGUACCAGCACCUGUCCUCAGAAAGGAUUAUUCAGUAUUCAAAAUAUAUACUCAUUAUUGUGCCUUCAUUACUUCAAAACUUAUUAUUUGAGGUUACAGUAGGAUCUAACAACAUGUGAUGAGAGAGAUCUGUUUAAAGAAUAUUUAAUUAAAAGUAAUGUGAAUGUUUUCAUGGAAGAAGCUCUGUGUCCUUAUAAAGAAAUUCUAAAUAUUAAACUACUUGGUCAGUUCUGGUCACCACUUAACUGCACAGAUGAGAAACAGGAAGCUGAGUAUCGUGUGUAAAGUUAAGCAGGAAAGUUUAGCGGUAAUGUAAUUAGGCAAGAUGUUCAGUGCUGUUCUUUAUGACAGAUAAUCGUGUGCUGCUUGUUCUGCCAACUGCACACUUAUCAAAUAUCUUGUAUCUGAAAAUGUCUGAAGGUUUUUUCAUUG